GGCAAGUCCUUUCUGUGAGGGCACAGCUGCUGUUGCAUCUGAAGAUCUGCACAGAGGAGUCCUGUGUCUCCUGCUCUACUCUCUACACAGCUCAAGGAUCUGAAACCUGCAGCCAUGAGAACACUUGCUCUGCUCAUUGCCCUUCUCCUGCUGGCCUUUGAGACCCAGGCAGAUCCUUUCCGAGGAACCAUUAAGAAACUUCUAGACCAGGAGCACCUGGAAGACAACAACCAGGAUAUGUCCAUAACAUUUGGAGGGGAUGAAAGCACUGCUCUUCAAUAUGCAGAUGUGAAGGCACGUGUGACCUGCUUUUGCAAGAGACCAGUCUGUGAUUCGGGAGAAACCCAAAUUGGGUACUGCAGGCUCGGAAACACCUUCUACCGACUCUGCUGCCGCCAAUGAUCACUAAGAACAAGAAGGAUAGGUUUGCAUUGUGAGUUGAGAGUCUGAAGAAUACUAUUUGUCCUGUGCUGGGCCCUUGACUUUCUUUCUCUUUUGUAUCUAAAUAAAGUCCUUGCAGCAA